AUGGCCAUGGGUGGCAUUGAUUUGGAGCAUUAUCAAAUGAAAAAUGAGGAUCAGGUACUGUCAUUUACUGCAGUAGCCAUAUCAUUGCUAGUAGCCGAGGGCAGACUCGAGUUCGAGCAUCGUGACCUGCACAUCGGAAAUGUGCUGGUGAUUGAAGAGGACGCGGACUUGGAGUACAAGGUAAGGGACGAAACUAUGAUCCUGCGUUCGUAUGGUGUCAAAGUGAAUAUUAUCGAUUUUACUUUGAGCCGGAUGCGUAAAGGUUGCUUCGUUCACUCUUGGCUGAAGAUCAGCUGA